CUUUCGCUCAUCUGUCAGUGUAAUAUCCUUUUUUAGCCGUUCUGUCAUGAAGAUUGGGCAUUUGCAUUAUCGGCGUGGGGUUAUCACUUAUUCGAUUUCUCCGUAUGAGCAAAAUGCCUAUGCCGGGUUUCUUGAUCGUGGUUUUCCCAACCUGCUUCGCCGUUUCCGAUCAAAGGUCUGGACAGUAGCAACACCAUUCAUCAUUACUUUCUUAGUGAUCGAAUGGGCUAACAAUGAAAACAGAAAACUUCACCGGAAGAAUGCAGCUUAAUUUGCCUUUUCGGAGUUCCAAGAAUUCUUCCACUCUCCAAAGCUCUGUAGCAUUAUAUCCAAAGUUAUGCUAAAUGAAUCGUUUACACUCACGUGUCUCGCUUAAGAUUCUUUCUCAUCCUGUCUUGAAAGUGGUUGUUUUCUCUUCGAAUUUUGUCCACUUCAAUGCGUCAGGGAAGUAGAUAAAAAGAGCAAAGAUCCUGCUGCAUUCAUCGCCACUGUUGUAGUUCUUUGGGGAGAACUGUUACCCAGCGACUUAUAUCUUUCCUGCACUUAAUGGAAAGCGAUGGAGUUAAGAAACGUUUUUCAUCUUGAUUAACACAACAAAGGAACCGAAGACCGAUAUUCCUAUACUAGGUUGACCGCUGGAGCGUCGUGAAUAACCGUUUUUGUGCCCCUGCCCGUUCCAAUGAAAUACAUAAAGACGAAUCUCGGACACUUGGAAAAAUAUUUCCAGCACAGCAUUAACUUAUGCCCGUAACAGUCCGGACAAAACCCUAGUUUUCCCCUGUGCAUUUCUAACAAAAAUUACUAUUUCGUUGCUCACUAAGGCAACCAGUGCUGAUGGUUUAACUGGUUGUGGUGUCGAGCACCACCUUUAUUUAACGUUCGUUUUGAUUGCAACAUAUAACCGUUCAUGUGCUGUGCUAUUUUGAGGGUCGUGUUUUAUAGCCAGGACAGGAUCCAGAGACAAAACAAGUUUUCGCUUAACAAGCGUCCCGUUUCAUGUGCCAGUAAGCGAAC